AAGGUAUGGCAUGGUUCAGCUGUCACUAAGGGUCAGCGGGGAGUUAGCUCUCAAGCUGGCCGGCCAAAACAUCUAGCAUUCAGAUAGUCUCAGCUGCUAACAGCGCCUGUGUUGGCAAACGUGGACAGGUUAAAUAUAGAAGCAUACCUUCAAGUCAAAAAGAGAUGAGGGAGACAAUGGAGGAAGUUGCUAAGUGAAAAGAUCUGGCCCUGUGACAAAGGACAUCACACUGCACCUCUGCCUUUCUCCUCACUGGGCAACGGCUUCUUUCAACUGCUGCGUGAGGAAAGAAUAGUGCCUCCCUGUUUCCCUCAACCCCCUCUGCCUUUUAUUCUCACACACUCUGCAACUGACUUCUACAACGGAUAGGAGGGAAGGAAAAUGAGAGGUGUGUUCAAGACUUCUAAGCAGAGCAGGACUGGAUAGGCUGUGUGAGUAAAAGAGGGAGGGAGGAUGAGAGAGGGAAGUUACAGUACUCUCUACCAUUCCCUCUCUGACCUGAAGAACUGGAAGGAGAGAGAGAGUAAGAGAGAAAGAGAGGGAGAGAGAGCAGAGCUGGAGAUGGCUCUUGGCAUAACGCAGUAGACGCCACAAGUGGACCACACAAGCCAGAAGAUACCAGAGGAUACUUUACUGCCAUAGUGCCUUUCUCUAGGAUUACCCUUGGUGUGACUUACUAAUAGCUCAAGACUGGGGACACCUCAACAGCAGGUAGAGGAUGAGAUCCAAAAGCAGUGGGGUGGAGAGCCCGGCCGAUGGGGUCCUUGGCGUCCCUCAGGGGGACAACGACAUCAGCCAAGAACAGGAAGUGGGUCUCCCUGUAAAAAACCUGAUCACCAAGGUUCAGCAGAAAGAGGGUGAUGAAAAGGUGGAGGUCGAGGUGAUCUCUGACAAAGAGAAGCUGCUGUGUGAUUCUCUUGAAGAUGGAGAAAAAAAGGGGGCCAUCGUGGAUAUGUCCAAAGCGGAUCUGCUGAGGCUGCUGGGGAUCAUGGAGGGAGAGGUUCAGGCAAGAGAAGAUGUUAUCUGCAUGCUAAGAGCCAAACCAACUGCCCCAGAGGCCCUUGAAUCACAACAUGGGUCCGCAGCACCUGGUUCUGCCCUGCAGGCCUUGCAGAGAGACGGCUUCAUUACAGGCACAGAGCAACACAACCACAGUGUUUACCAAAAGCCUAUGAUUGAGCUGGAUCGUCUACAGGAGAAACACAAAGAAACAUACCGGAGGAUGCUUGGUCAGUUGCUGCUAGCUGAGAAGUGCCACCGUCGCACUGUCCAAGAGCUGGACACAGAGAAACGCAAACAUGUAGAUUACAUGAACAAGAGUGAUGACUUCACCAACCUUCUGGAGCAGGAGAGAGAAAGACUGAAGCGGCUUCUUGAGACUGAAAAGGCCUACCAGGUCAAAAAGGAGAAGGAGCACUCCAAACGUCUGGCCAAGGUGCGAGAGGAGCUGGUGAAGCUGAAUUCAUUUGCCCUGAUGUUGGUCAAUGAGCGCCAGCAGCACCUAGAGCAAAUGGACCAACAGAGUCAGCGGGUCCAGGAACUGAGCCAGCAGCUCCAGCAGCAGGAGCAGGCACUGAGUGAAGCAAGGGAGCGUGCUCAGGAAGAUGGGCAUAGGGUGCUUAGCCUGGAGGCUGAACUAAAGGAGAAAUCUGCCAAGCUCACCCAACAGCACGAGGAGAUGAGUGCCAAACUGGCCAGUCACGAGAUCAACAACCGUCAGCUCAAUGCCAAACUAUCAGGGCUAAUGCAUAAAGUGGAUGAGCAAGAUGAAAGUAACAGAACCUUGAAGAAAUCUGAGGAGGAACUGCAAGAGCUGAGAGAAAAGAUCGGUAAAGGAGAAUGUGGCAAUUCAAAUUUAAUCACUGAGUUGGAGAACUUGCGGAAACGAGUGAUGGAGAUGGAGGGGAAGGAUGAAGAGAUCACCAAGACUGAAAAUCAAUGUAAAGAGCUCAGGAAGAGACUACUAGAGGAGGACGGUAAGAGUAAAGACCUCAGGCUGGAAGUGGAAAAGCUCCGGAAAAGGAUGAUGGAGUUGGAGACACUUGAGGCUGCCUUUAGCGUAAGUAAAGCUGAGUGUGCACAGCUGCACACGGCUCUAGAGAAAGAGAAGGGCCUGACCAAAGAGCUCUCAGAUGAAGUCGUCGCUCUCAGGAUCCGCAUGAAAGAGGUUGAAUCCUCCGAGUUAAAGUUAGAAAAGUCGGAGCUGAGCCUUAAGGAUGACUUGACUAAACUGAAGUCAUUGACUGUUGCUUUGAUGGAGGAACGCAAGACCCUGAUGGAAAGACUUAAAUCAGAUGAGAAGAAGAAAGAGGAAAUGAGUAAGGUUAUCAAAAUUGAGCAGGGUAAAGUUAUGGAGGUGACUGAGAAACUGAUAGACGAGAGCAAAAAGCUCUUAAAGCUUAAAUCAGAGAUGGAAACCAAAGUAGAAAUCCUCAUCAUUGAAAAGGGGGAGCUCAGCACCAAGCUUGCCUAUGAAAUUGAUAAAACUACAGAUCUCAAUUCUAAGGUCAGCCAAAUGAAAAAGAGGUUGGAUGGGUUUGAGCAAGCAGAAAAGCUAUCAGUUAAGAAUUUAGUGAAAUGUGAGCAGGGGAAAAUGUCUGACCCCGUCAAAAAAGAAGACAAUAAAGUUAUGGAGUUGACAUACGAAAUUGAGCGACUGAAAAAUCGCCUCAAACAACUGGAAGUAGUCGAGGGAGAUUUGAUCAAAACAGAAGAUCAGUAUGACAUGUUGGAAAAAAAGUUCAUGACUGAACAAGACAAAGCCAACAUUCUUUCCCAGCAGGUAGAGGAAAUGAGAUGUCAGAUCGCAAGAAACAAAGCAAUUGAGAAAGGGGAGGAGGAAUGCCAGGAUGUAGACCUCCGCACACGAUGCAUGAGGGAGGAGGUGAAAACCAGAGAACUGCAUAAUGACGUUGUCGCCCUCAAGGAGAAGGUUCAUGAACUAAUGCAUAAAGAAGACCAACUCUCUCAGCUCCAAGUGGAUUACUCUAUCCUGCAACAGAGAUUCUUGGAAGAGGAGGAGAGAGCCAAGAACAUGAGUACUGAAGUUUUCCAUCUCACCAAAGAACUGGAGAUUACUAAGCGCCAUAGUCGAGCCUUAAGGCCCAGUUUGAACGGAAGAAGAAUGGUGGACAUUGCUGUGACAUCCACUGGAGUACAGACAGAGGCGUCAUCCAAUGGGUUAGUGGACGAAGAUACCCCAGCUGUAUUCAUCAGGAAGUCUGUCCAAGAGGAGAAUCACAUCAUGAGCAACCUCAGACAGAAGUGUCUGAAGAAGCCAUCAGAAAAGGGUGGUGGUAUUGAGCGUUUCCCUUCAUCUAGCAGUGACCUAGGUAUGAAGAAAUCCUGGAUUCCCUGGAUGAGGAAAAAGGACAACUUGGAAAAGCCUUUGCAAAUCAAUGGAAACCAUUUGCCUUCUGAAGUAACUAUGUCUCCAAAGCAAGGUCAGCCUUUGCACAUCCGGGUUACACCGGACCACCAAAACAACAUGGCCCGUCUUGAGAUUAGCAGUCCUACUGCUGAGGACGUCUUCUCCAGCUCAGCUCCCCUAAGCCCCAACCCAUCUCAACCCAAAUCCAGAAUCACAAUCAUUCCUUCCUACUCUGCGUCAGCCCACAAGAAAAAGUCCACUGUUGGACCUCAUGGCCCAGAAAGAGCCAAGUCUCCAGUCACAAUCACAGCGAUAUCCAGAGCCAAAUCACCAGAAAGCAGCCGAGCUCCCUCCUCCGCCUCAGGAAGGCCCUUGUCCCCUGUCUCAAUCAUGACAGUGAGCACAGCUAUAGUGCCAGAAGCAUCCGCCUCCCCAGACCCACAGGAGAUGACAAUGGGCCGAGCUGUGUUCAAGGUGACCCCGGAGAAGCAAAUGGUCCCAAUGCCAAUACGAAAGGGUCACAACAACACUGGUGUUAUCACCACUACUGAUGAUAACAAGAUCCACAUUCUUCUAGGUAACAGCAUCAACCCAAAGAUGGUAGUCAGGCCGGUGGCUUCUGUAACAGAGAGCAAGGAAAUGACCUUAUCGACUGGUACAGUUUUACGCUCCCCCCGCCAAAUCACCACUACUACUACUACUACCAGGAGCUCGCAGAGCAAGGUGAUGAGCAGUAUCACAAUAUCACCUGUUGCAACCAACCCUUCAAGACCCACACAAAGCAUGACUGGGCAUGAUGCCCAGCCAGCGCGUUCAGGGCUCACCCGCAUCCCAAUGUCCAAGAGCCUGAAGACUGGGAAGGCUGUGCUGGGAACCAUGGGGAUCUCGGGUGGAGUGAAAAUGGAGUCACGAGCUGAGAGGCAGUCCAUGACGAUAGAAGUUAAAAAAUCCACUGUGAAUAGCAAUACUUUUCAAAAUGGUGGAAAAGCUUGAUUUUGUAAAAGUAAUGACAUACUCAUACAUAUCUGAAUAUGGUGCUCAAACAAAUUAAUAUCUCCUUACAACAAGGCAAAAGUGCAUUUUUUUUGUAAUAAAGAAGCCAUUGAUUACCAACUUAACUCAAGUCUUAUGUACUGUCUGUCUCAUAUCAGUUUCUGCUAAUAGAUGGAUACAUAUUUUUUUGUAUUUUCAGUGUGUAUUUUAAUGGGCAUUUGGAUAAAUAUUAUAACAGACCUUGCUGCUACUAACUGCUUCUUGCUUUGAGUGGUUGUAUCACAUAAAAGGACUUCUGAUAAUAUUUUAUAAGAACAUAUAUGUCAAAAUUCUUGUUUUUGUGUAAAUUAUACUAUUUUUUCUGUUAAGGUUUGUACUGAAAAUAAUUUUAAAUAAAUGUGA